UUCUGUAGUAACCAAUGCUAUAAAAACACUGAAGACUGCUUAUUUCUUUAAAAAGACAACUCAUCUUACCACUACAAAAUUCAACAAGAAGCCCAAGCCCUAAAAUUUCAGAUUGACCAGUGGUCGAACGUGCAUGGGAUUUUUCCCCACUGCGAACAGGCAAGUGAGACUGUUUCAAAUAAAACAACUCCAAGCUUCCAAGAAACAGUUAAGAGAAGGCAGAGACAAGCAGAAACACCUCUUCGCUGACACUCACGCAGUUGCCAUGGACCUGCAUAAGCAGUGGGAGAACACAGAGACUAGCUGGCAUAAGGAAAAGAUGGAAUUACUGGACCAGUUUGACAAUGAAAGAAAGGAAUGGGAAAGUCAAUGGAAGAUCAUGCAGAAGAAGAUAGAAGAGCUUUGCCAAGAAGUAAAGCUUCGGAGGAAAAUCAACAUGAAUGAAAGUCCUAAGGCCAUUGAUCUUGAUUGUGAAAAGGUCCUUCAAGGCAAAAUGGUGGACUCUUCUCCAAAUUACCCCAUUUCAGGACAAUGUGAAUUUAUAGGGAUGAAUCACAUACUUGGUCUGGAAAAAGAAAAUAAAACAGAACAGAACUUACUCACUGAAGGAGAUCAAAUGUGUAAGGAACAAAAAGCAGCACAAAAAUCAAAAGUAGGGUUUAUGAAUCCUUUGGCUGCAGACAACCGAAAGGAAUGUGAAUCCUGGCCUGACCUGAGGACCUCUGACAAAGAAAGCAAGAGCUGUUCUGGUGCCCUCAAUACAGCUCUUGAAGAACUUGCCAAAGUUAGUGAAGAAUUAUGCAGCUUUCAAGAGGAAAUUCGAAAGCGGUCUAACCACAAAAGGAUGAUGUCUGAUUCUUCUCUCCGGGACAUGCCAAAUGUAAUUAAUAUGCCUCACAGGGACCACAUGAUCAACAGUGACCAGUGUGUUCUUCCAAUUGAUUUAGAAAAAGAAAAGCAGAAAAACAGAAAGAAUCUGAACUAUGAGGAUGUCCUCCAAAGUGAUUCUUUGAAAAAACAUGGAAUUGACACAAUUGAUUUGCAAAGAAAUGAAAUCCCACCAGUUCCUCCUCCAAGAAGCACAUCUCGAAAUCUGCAGAGCCCAUAUUCUGAAAGUAUACAAGCCCAUGAAGCAUUGAAGGAAAGUUUAGACAACAGUUGGGUGCCCCGAGGGGGCCAAGGUGGAAAGAACUGCAAUCCUUAUUUCCUUUUGAGGCAGCAUGAGAUGCCUAUGUCAUGUCCAGAUGAAGGGGAGACUUUGAAAGAUGGUGUCAUAUUUUCUUCUUUUGCAUCAGAAGCCAGUAUAGAUAACAAGCCUCCAUGCCAUGAAGAUAUUGGACUUAGCAUGUGGUCAUGCAACAUUGGGAUAGGUGCAAAAAAUAGCCCUUCCACAUUGUGGUUUCAGAAAACCUGCUCUACCCCCAAUAAGCCAAAAUAUGAAAAGGUGAUCCCAAAUCAUCCUGCUAAAUCUCAUCCCAGUCUUCACGUCAGCCAUGACUUUAGCUCCUCAGUGACACAGAGCAGUGGCCCACUUACAAGUUUCAGUUGCAGCUUUGAAAGGACCACAAGGAAUGAAAAGCUAGCCGCAAAGACCGAUGAAUUUAACAGAACUGUAUUUAGAACAGACAGAAAUUGUCACGCAAUACAAAAAAAUCAAAGCUACUCAAAAUCAUCUGAAGAUCCUAAACCCUGUGAUACCUUAAUUACUCAUGCAGAUAACAUAUCAGAAAAUGACAAUGCGUCUGGUGUUCUGAAAACCAAUGUCCACAUGCCUAUGCCCAUGGAAAAUGUGCCUGAUAGUCCUACCAAAAUAUUCUCAGCAGGCCAAGUAAGACAGAUGCAGGAACACUUAAGUCCUAGCAGUUAUCGGAAUAUGCUCCACGAACAUGACUGGAGACCAAGUAAUUUGUCUGGACGUCCAAGGUCAGCUGAUGCUAAGUCAAAUUAUGGUGUUGUUGAAAAGCUGCUGAAAACCUAUGAGACAUCAGCAGGGUCUGCCUUGCAGAAUUCUAAAUGCUUCCAAGAUAAUUGGACUAAAUGCAACUCUAAUGUCAGUGAUGGCACCAUAUUAAGUCAGGAUUUAGAAACGCUCCAAAUGGAACAAGAACUUAAGCGAAAGGCAGCUAUGUGUGGGGGUCAGCAAGUGAAGAAAGGAAUAGAUUGGAAAAAGAUAACAGAGGAACCCAUGGCAGUGACAUGUUCACAUGGAAAAGGGUUUUCCAGACCUGCUAGACCAGCAAAUCGCCGUCUCCCGUCCAGAUGGGCUUCCAGAUCUCCAUCUGCACCCCCAGCUUUUCGGAGAACUGCCCACAACUGUACCGUUUCUCUGCGAUCUGAAGCAUCGAUGGUCUAAGUCUGGCCUGGAUUGCUAGAUGCCAAAAGCUCUAGUCAAACCAGUUGCCAAACAAAGUAUCUGAGUGUUUACAGCCAGUCCUGUUCUCUUUGGUAUCUUUCAGGAUCACUGGGACAUGCAAUUUAAAUCUUAAAUUUCCAUCAGUCUUCAGUGUUUUUAACUUUUGGAGUAAUUAUCUUCUUGUAUUUUUCUUUCUUAGAUCAGAAUUUUUUAAUGCCAUCCUCAUUAAUUUUCAAAUAUGAUUUUGGUUGAAACAAUGUACAGUAUUGUAUAUCUAACUUUCUUGCAAGUGACAGAAAGCAAGUGGUUAUGUGCAUGGCCAUGUGUUUGUAGGUGCAUGUGUUGAAAUAGGAAGUAUCUUAGUACGUAUUUAGAUGAGAAAAACUUAUGUGCUAGUGUUGACUUUAAAAUUAUAACAUGUAUACCUAUAUACUCUUUGUGUUUAUUUUACAUUUUUGAAAAUAUACAAUACUGUUUAUAUUUGUAUGCCUCAGGUAUUCCAGUUAAGGCAUUUGAGGAACAUAUAUUAACCACUUUCUCAGCCCCAACUACAUUGAAAACUAAGAAUUAUACACAUAUCUAACAUUGGUGGAUAUGAUUCAUAAAUGCUUUCUUAAUCCAUAUAAGGAUAAACUAAUACCAUUGAUCUCCUUUGGUUUCACUUUUAAAGAAAAAUAUCACAGUUUUAACAGAUCAGCCUUCUAAAUGAAGCAUAGAAUGUUCACAAAUGUUUUUAUCUAUCAUUGGGUAGUAUAUUGUGACUUAAAAUUUAUACUUGAUUCUCAGAACCAGUCUCAUGAGUCUACUUUAUAAAUGACAUGAAAUGAUGACUUUCUUUUGCUUCAGGAAUAAACAUUCCUUAAAUAGGACAUAAAAGCAAAAAAAUUUUAAUUACAUUGAAUUCUGUUUUUUGUUAAAAUUGUGGUAAACUUAGUUUAGUUGCUUUAUCUGGAGUAUCAUAUUUAGAGGUCAGUCAUUCACGUUUUCCCUUUUCUUUUUCCCUUUAUUAGGUAAAGGACUAAUUCAGUUUUUAUUAACAAGAAUGAUCAGAAAUAAUGUUUUGCUGAGAGCUGAAUUAUAAUAUUGUUCUUAUGCUGUGCUAUAAAAGAAAAAAAAGCCUUAAGCUAAACUUUGUCAUUUAUGAGUAGUAUAAGGGACAGAUGGAGCCCUGGUGGCACAGUGGUUAAGAACUCAGCUAUUAACCAAAAAAGUUGGUAAUUCGAAUCCACCAGCUGCUCCUUGGAAACCCUAUGGGGCCAUUCUGCCCUGUCUCGUAUGAGCUCUGUGAGUCAGAAUCGAUUUGAUGGCAAUGGGUAUAAGGGAGAGAGACUUGUAUUUUGGCAACGUCUUGCAUAUAGUGAACACAUGAAAUCUGUAUUGAGAACUGAUAGAGAUAUGAAUGUUGAGGUUCCUGGAAUCCUACACGGAAGAUCUUGGAAGCAGCUUCGCUCCCCAUUGUCUCUAUAUAGUACCGUGUUAUUAGUUAGAUAUUAAUUCUAUUUAAGCAUUUCUUUAUUACAAAAAAAGAUUAAGGAAUUCUUAUGCCAAAAGUAUUCAAAGAGCCUUGUCCUUAUGAUAUAUUAUUAACCAUUUAGAGAAAUUCUCUUUAUUAUACACCAUGACUUGAGAUAAAGUAAAUAAUUUUCAAAUCCCAGACUGCCUUAAAGGCUCAAGACUGUUGCUUGGUGAUGGAUAGAUUCGUACUAUCCAAUAAGGAGGUAAGCUGACUUAAACUUCUAGAAUGUGAAAUUGGAUUGGAUGGUAAGCAAGGGCUAUAAAUUCACUCUUUUACCAAGUGUUGUCAUUCUCAUGAUAUACUUCUCAUCUGAAGAGGAAGAAACACUGGAGAGGUGGUAGCUUGCAGCAUAAAAUGGCGGGCCUGUAGGAAGAUGCUGUGUGUAACAUUGAGAGGCUGCCCAAGGACUGUGCAGCAUUCCUGUUUCUCUCCAAUACUGUAUCCCAGGGGUCUAAUGUGGAUCUGUGGUUCCUACCUUUAACUACAAAAUCGAAAUAUUGACCAUUUCUUAAAAACUAGAAUUCUUGACCUUAAUCCCUAAUUACUAAAACAUGGUUUCCAGGGUAGGGACUGGAAAUCUGAAGUCUUUAAUAAAACAAAACAAGGCAAAGAAAGCUUUUGAUGACCAGGCAGAUUCAGGACCAGUGGCAUUGAUUGAUAAUAAUACAUCCCUAAAUGGAUGGAUUCUCUUGGUAGUCACUUCCCUGGGCCACGCCUUUACUAUCAGUAAAUAAAAAGGGGUCAUAUUGUCAGCCUCUACAAUUGGCUUUUUUUUUCUAUUGCCACUUGAAUGAAACAAUGGAACAUAUGUUAACAUUUUGUGUUUGCUAUAAUCAUGAAAUAUUAGAGUUCGGGAAAAAAGUGCUUAACAUCUAGUCCAAUCCCCUUGAUUGUAAAGAUGAAAAAACUAAAACAGAGAUCAUUUGUAUGGUCUGUUUUCCUUCUUAAAAUAUUUUAUAAUUUUUUAUGGAAAAAUCUAUCAGGCAAAUAGAAAUUAUCCUUGAAAAAAAUUUUUUGAUGUAUUAUAUUUUAAGUGGUCAUUUUUCUAUUAUCCUACCAACAUGGGCACUGUCCUGCCAACAACAUAUCCUUCAUUAUGCCAUCAUUGCUGGAUUUAAGGAAUUUGUAAAUAUUCCCAGAAAUAUUUGAUUAGAAACGCUUUUGUUAAUAGAUGUUUCCCUAGCAGAUUUUGGGGGAACAUUGUUAGGUUAUUUCAGUAUGGGAUUACUGACAUUAUUGGCUAUGCUCAGAAAGUAAUAAGAAUGAGGCACAAAGAACAGUGUGUGUGUAUGUGUUUGUGUGUGUGUGUCCUCACAUGAGUUCUCUAUGUUGCCUUAUAUCAAAGCCGAAUAUAAAAAUAUAAAUCGUGCUUUGUAUGAUUCACUUUGUUAAAAAUUAUCCAUAACUUUCAUUUGUUUUUACGUAGACAAUGAAGAUAACCAUAUUUCAUUUUGCAGAUAUUGCUACAAAACAUGACUUACUUCUGCAAGGGGAAUUUAACCAUGUCAUUGUAUGAAAAUAUCUCAACCUAAAAAAGAAAAUGUGCUUCCCUAUAAAGAUUUUUCAAAAUUAUUUUUAGGCAUAUUUACUGAUAAACGACUACAUGAUAUUGAAAUCUCCUUCAGUCAUUAGAAGCUAUCAAAUAAAAUAGGUGUGGAAACACCCAGUGUGGCAUUUAUAUACAUUGAAAACAUUUUUAUUUUAUUUUCUACAGUGAUCUCCAGUCAAGCUGAGAAUCUUACAAAGUUUUAAACUCAAAUAUGUACACGGUUCAACCUAGUCUCUCAAAAUAUCUCUGGAUAGGAGAAUCUGAAGCCAGUCUGCCUGAAUCCCUGCACCCUGCCACACAAAACCCCAUGGAGUUUCUCAUACACAGA